ACAGUGAAUGCAAAGAAGCUAGAGAAAGCUGAGGCUCGACUGAAGGCAAAGCAGGAGAAGCGCUCAGAGAAGGACACACUCAAGACCAGCAGCCCUCUAGUUUUGGAAGAGGCAUCAGCCAGCCAGGCAGGCAGCAGAAAGGAGAGUCGGUUGGAAUCAUCUGGCAAGAACAAAUCCUACGAUGUGCGAAUUGAGAACUUUGAUGUGUCUUUUGGUGAUAGGGUACUGCUGGCUGGAGCAGAUGUGAACCUGGCAUGGGGCCGCCGCUAUGGGCUGGUGGGUCGGAAUGGACUAGGGAAGACGACGCUACUGAAGAUGUUGGCCACCCGGAGCCUGCGGGUUCCAGCCCACAUUUCCCUGCUGCACGUGGAGCAGGAGGUUGCUGGAGACGACACCCCUGCCCUGCAGAGUGUGCUGGAGAGUGACACUGUGCGAGAAGAUCUCCUGCAUCGGGAGCGGGAGCUCAGCACCCAGAUUGCUGCUGGCAGGGCCGAGGGCUCAGAAGCUGCACAGCUGGCAGAAAUCUAUGCCAAGUUGGAGGAGAUUGAGGCUGACAAAGCACCUGCCAGAGCAUCAGUCAUUCUUGCUGGGCUUGGCUUUACCCCGAAAAUGCAGCAACAGCCCACCCGGGAGUUCUCAGGUGGCUGGAGGAUGAGACUGGCCCUCGCCCGGGCUCUGUUUGCUAGGCCAGAUCUGCUGCUGUUAGAUGAACCCACAAACAUGCUGGAUGUAAGGGCCAUCCUGUGGCUGGAGAAUUACCUGCAGACGUGGCCCUCCACAAUCCUGGUCGUCUCCCACGACCGCAACUUCCUGAAUGCCAUAGCCACAGACAUCAUCCACCUGCACAGCCAGCGGCUGGAUGGUUACCGGGGAGACUUUGAGACUUUCAUCAAGAGCAAGCAGGAGCGGCUGCUCAAUCAGCAGCGUGAAUAUGAGGCCCAGCAGCAAUAUCGCCAGCAUAUCCAGGUUUUCAUUGACCGGUUUCGCUACAACGCCAACAGAGCCUCUCAAGUGCAGAGUAAACUCAAGAUGCUGGAGAAGCUACCGGAGCUGAAACCCGUGGACAAGGAGUUGGAGGUAGUGAUGAAGUUCCCCGAUGGGUUUGAGAAAUUCUCACCACCAAUUCUGCAGCUAGAUGAAGUGGAUUUCUACUACGACCCAAAGCAUGUCAUCUUCAGCCGUCUCUCCGUCUCUGCUGAUCUUGAAUCCCGCAUCUGUGUGGUUGGGGAGAAUGGGGCUGGGAAGUCUACCAUGUUGAAGCUCCUUAUGGGGGAUCUGGCACCUGUUCGGGGCAUCAGACAUGCUCACAGGAAUCUGAAGAUUGGCUAUUUCAGCCAGCACCACGUGGAGCAGCUGGACCUGAACGUCAGUGCUGUGGAACUGCUGGCACGCAAGUUCCCCGGACGGCCUGAGGAGGAAUACCGUCACCAGCUGGGCCGGUAUGGCAUCUCUGGAGAACUGGCCGUGCGCCCUGUUGCCAGCUUGUCUGGGGGCCAGAAGAGCCGGGUGGCCUUUGCUCAGAUGACCAUGCCCUGCCCCAACUUCUACAUUCUGGAUGAACCCACAAACCACCUGGAUAUGGAGACCAUUGAGGCUCUGGGCCGCGCUCUCAACAAUUUCAGGGUUGAGUUUCCUGGGAAGCAGCUUGAAGAGGAGAUUGGGGACACGGGUUCGAGCCCUGGUCUGGGAGGAUCCCACAUGCCGCGGAGCAACUGGGCUCGUGAGCCACAACUACUGAGCCUGCGCGUCUGGAGCCUGUGCUCCGCAACAAGAGAGGCCGCGAUAGCGAGAGGCCCGCGCACCGCGAUGAAGAGUGGCCCCCGCUCGCCACAACUAGAGAAAGCCCUCGCACAGAAACGAAGACCCAACACAGCAAAAAUAAAUAAAUUAAUUAAUAAACUCCUACCCCCAACAUCAUCUUAAAAAAAAAAAAGACAGUUAAAGGGGCCAGGUUUUUUUUUUCAAAUGUCUCCUUGUUUUCUUUUAUGACAAUGUUAAUGAAAUAAUGACAGUUAAUAGUUAUUGGGCUCUCGUUAUGUAGUAGGCACCAUAGUAAGUGCUUUACCUGCACUAAGUCAACCCUCACAGCCCUACGAACUGGCACAGUUAUUAUCCCCAUUUUAUAGAUGAGGAAACGGAGUUGACAUAGUGUGAGGGGUUCAGGAUAGUCUGGCUCUAGAGCACAUCUCUGAGUAGCCACACUGCCCUAUCGCUCAGCUCCUAGCACCAUGUGCUGAAUAGUGAGAGUUUG